ACCUUAGCCCAUUCAGAUAAAAAGGAACAAAUAAAGCCAAGUGCUCGAUCAGAACAAAUUGCUGAGCCUGUCACCUGUAUUCCAGGAACCGGAUCAGAAAUGUCCUCAGCCAUGCCCGACUUACCUGUUCCACUCGCCAAUUUGAAGAUUCAAUACACUAAGAUCUUCAUAAACAAUGAAUGGCAUGAUUCAGUGAGUGGCAAGAAAUUUCCUGUCUUCAAUCCAGCAACCGAGGAAAAACUCUGUGAGGUAGAAGAAGGAGAUAAGGCAGAUGUUGACAAAGCAGUGAAGGCUGCAAGACAAGCUUUUCAGAUUGGUUCUCCAUGGCGUACUAUGGAUGCUUCCGAAAGGGGACGACUCUUAUACAAGUUGGCUGAUUUAAUUGAAAGGGAUCACCUGCUGCUCGCAACACUGGAGUCAAUCAAUGGCGGAAAACUAUUUGCCAAUUCUUAUCUGAUGGAUUUAGGAGGCUGCAUAAAAACACUACGCUACUGUGCAGGCUGGGCUGACAAGAUCCAGGGCCGAACAAUACCAGCUGAUGGAAACUAUUUUACUUAUACAAAACAUGAGCCUGUUGGUGUAUGUGGCCAGAUCAUUCCUUGGAAUUUCCCAUUGGUUAUGCUCAUUUGGAAGAUAGGGCCUGCCCUUAGCUGUGGAAACACAGUGAUUGUCAAACCAGCAGAGCAAACUCCUCUCACAGCUCUUCAUGUGGCAUCUUUAAUAAAAGAGGCAGGGUUUCCUCCAGGAGUGGUGAAUAUUGUGCCUGGUUAUGGGCCCACUGCAGGAGCAGCCAUUUCUUCCCACAUGGACAUCGACAAAGUGGCGUUCACAGGAUCAACAGAGGUUGGCCAAAUGAUCAAAGAAGCUGCCGGGAAAAGCAAUCUGAAGAGGGUGACCCUGGAGCUGGGUGGAAAGAGUCCGUGCAUUGUGUUUGCCGAUGCUGACUUGGACAAUGCAGUGGAAUUUGCACACCAGGGAGUAUUCUACCACCAGGGCCAAUGUUGUAUAGCUGCAUCCAGACUUUUUGUGGAAGAAUCAAUUCACGACGAGUUUCUUCGAAGGAGUAUUGAGCGGGCUAAGAAGUAUGUUCUUGGAAACCCUCUGACCCCAGGAGUAAAUCAAGGCCCUCAGAUUGACAAGGAGCAAUAUGAUAAAAUACUUGACCUCAUCGAGAGUGGGAAGAAAGAAGGGGCCAAACUGGAAUGUGGAGGAGGCCCGUGGGGGAAUAAAGGCUACUUUAUCCAGCCCACAGUUUUCUCGAAUGUUACAGAUGAGAUGCGCAUUGCCAAAGAAGAGAUAUUUGGACCAGUUCAGCAAAUCAUGAAGUUUAAAUCUUUAGAUGAUGUGAUCAAGAGAGCAAACAACACACACUAUGGCUUAUCUGCAGGAAUCUUUACCAAGGACCUUGAUAAAGCUAUAACCGUCUCCUCUGCACUGCAGGCUGGGACAGUGUGGGUGAAUUGCUAUAGUGUGGUGUCUGCCCACUGCCCCUUUGGGGGAUUCAAGAUGUCUGGAAAUGGACGAGAACUGGGAGAAUAUGGCUUUCAUGAAUAUACAGAAGUCAAGACCGUCACGAUGAAAAUUUCUCAGAAAAAUUCAUAAAGAAACCAAAGAGAGCAGAGAGAAGAAACUUCAAUUGCGAAGCAUCUCCUAUAGUCGCUAAUAUAGUGGAUUUUACAUCCAAAGCUGUUCUUUGCUUGAUUUUUUUAAAAUAAGCAAAUCAUGUUAGCAUUAAUACCACACAUAGAAAACUUGACAUCUAGCUUAUUCUAGAAGAAGCAUUUGCUUUCUAAUAUGUGACCCUAAUUCCUAUCCUAAAUAAAUAGGACGGAUUUGGAUGAAAGAUCUCUCUAGCUCUGUAAUAGUUAUAAUAGCUCUUUUCUUUGUAGCUACUUGUCCAGGAUAAUCAUUUUAUAGAGGAGGACCAAUUGCCAUUUAGCAACUUUUCCUUGACAAUCCCUUGAAGUGCUUAACAUACAUGUUAACUGCCCAGUAGGGGUGCUCUGUCCUCAGUAGUUGUGAAAUCAUUGGUGUCUCUUGAAAUGUUUCCUAGAAUGUGGUGUCUGUCUGUCAAAAAGAGUAAAGCCUGAAAUACUUGGCUGUAAUCUGAAUAUAAACCUCAAUAAAAACAACCUUGCAUGAU